AUGGCUAAGUCAUCGGUAGUGACAGUCUAUAUUCCAACUAUAUUUCCUACUGAGCGUGCCAGAAUAAGAAAAACUAUGAAGGAACUUGAAACUUUGGAUGAUGAUUGUACGAACAUUUGGAAAGAGAAUUGGUUUGAUAAGUAUGAAAAACGACCUGAAGAACUCCGUGAUGUUACGUUAGCACAAUUUGUUGCAAACUAUUACAUCAAUAACAAGGGCAUCUACACAAAACGAGAUACUGCAAAAAUAAUAAGAUACAGGAACUACGAUAUGGCUGACAAUUACAACGAUUAUAGGCGUGAAAUGGUUUUGUUGCAUGUUCCUUUUCAGAGUGAAGAAAAUGAUAUUAUUGCAGAAAAUAAGUUCAUUCAAAUAUACGACGAUAACAAAGAAAACAUUUUAGAACGUAGAAAAGAAUUCGAAUCUAAUUUGGACGUAGAAAAAACUCUGGAAAUUUGCAAAAAAUUAUGCAGAGAAACCGAUGAAGAACAAGAAGAUGAAGAUUUAUUAAGGGCUGUCGAAAUCUUGCAUGAAAGAGAUCCUUAUGAAUUAUUACUACGUGAUCCAAACUCAACUGCUAACGUUGAUUUACAAAAUGCUACUCUGCAUAAACUUGGUGCUAUUGCAAAAAAAAGAGAGAAUUUAAUGGAUUACAAACAAUUCUAUGACUUAAUGAGAAUGGCUAAUGAUCAACAAAGAGAUUUGCUUAUGACUAUAAUCCAUCACUUACAAACUUCAAUUCAAGAACCAUUUCAAAUUUUUUUUACCGGACCAGCUGGUACAGGAAAAACGUUCGUUAUUAGUUUGAUAAUGGAAAUUUACAACAGAUUCGCUGAUAAUGAUGGUUACUGCAAUUCGUAUAUUACGUGUGCCUCAACUGGCAAAGCUGCGGUGGCUAUUGAUGGUACAACCGUCCAUACUGCUCUCCGAAUUUCUCUUUCAAAACUAUUGCCUCUAUCAUCAGAGACGUUGCAAUUGUAUCGAUCUCUCUUCAGAUAUGUCAGAGUACUGGUCAUUGAUGAAAUUAGCAUGAUUAGUGCAGAACUUCUUCAUAAAAUUGAUAAUCGUUUAAAACAAAUCACUGGAAAAAACACGGAUUUUGGAGAUAUAGAUGUUAUUUUGAUUGGAGAUUUACGACAGUUGCCACCGGUAAGAUCCACACCAAUUUACAAGACAAUCAGAACGAGCAUGAUUGGACCACACCUAUGGAGAAAACUGAAAUUUUAUCAACUUACCACAGUAAUGAGACAAGCUAAUGUUGCAUUUUCCCAAGUUUUGACAAAGAUAGGUAAUGGAGAUCCACUAGAGAAGAAUGAGUUCGAACUUAUUGAAUCGAGAUUUUUCAAAAAAACAGAUGUUGCUGCAUUAUGUCCAAAUGGAGUCCCAACUGACGUGAUUAUUGGCUCUAAGAAUCAUGAACAAGAAGCUAAUUUUAGAAUUAAAUUACAUAAAAAAUCGGUUAUCGACACUGGUGGACUACCUUAUGAAAUUACUUUUGUGAUAGGAAAGUAUUAUCUUAUCACAACCAACAUCGAUGUGAACGAUGGUUUAUGCAAUGGUUCUGCUG